CAAUCUGAGAACUUGAAAGCCUCUGAAGGCAUUACGAACGGUAUAGCCUUGGUUUCCUCCAACCAUACAGUGGCCUCAGUGGCUCGUUCAACGCAAUUCGUCAUGUUUGCUGCAAAAAAAUGGACACUUCUCAUCAAUUUUGGUGAUAAAAUGGUCUUCGAGCUCAACAAUGCCAGAAUGGUUUCAGUAAUCAUUCAAAAUGAAAUGUGUCUACUAACCGUGGGUAACGGCUCAGGUUCCACGGAUGUUUAUUGCUGUACUCUACAUUGGCGUAAGGACCAGAUAAUCAACAUUUUAAAAAGUGACGCAAUUCGUGCCAUUGUUACAUUUGAAGUGCAAGAAAGGGUGAUGAAGGUUUUCACCCUCGUGAAAAAUGGAAUCGAAAUAUUUCGACCACUAAUGAUGUGGUCAAUGCUAGUAUGGACACUAUCAACUGAACAAAACAGCUGA